AGACCGUUCGGUUGUUGGUAUGUCUUGAAACGGUCGUGUUGUGUGCACGGUGUUAAUGUAAAAUUUAAUACAUAUCUAAACAAAUCUGUAAGAUUGUGAUUAUUUAUAUAAAAAUACACGAAAAUGUACAAUUUCUAAAACGUAGGUACUUAUGGUUGCACAAACUUCGUUGAAUAAGACGCUUAGUAAGUUUCCCUAGCAUUGAUUGUGACACCAUCAAAGUUUCGCAUCACUAAAAGUUGUACCGCAUUGCGCGGCACAGUUCAGGAGACGCGACGUUGCCGCGCCACGUCCGUGAGGCAAGUGUGGCAACGCCGCGCCGCGCAUUGUCGAUAAUAAUAAUCUCCCGCCCGCACUCCCGAGCGCCUCGUCCCCUGUCCCUCGCCUCAGUGUGAGGCGUAUACCCGAGCGAAACGGGUCACAAUGAAUAAACAAACGUGUUUAGAACUUAUUAAACUAUUCAAAAGUCAUAGAUUGCUAUGGGACCCUUUGAAUGCACAUUUCUAUCACAAGGAGUUGAAGGAACAAACGUGGAAGGAUAUAAGUUAUAAAAUUAAACUACCGGUUAAGGAGAUUAAAAAAAAGAUCACGAAUUUACGCGGUGUGUUAAGAAAGGAAAGAUAUAGAUGCCGUGAAUAUAACAAAACAGAUGGUGAACCCUAUAAGUCCAGAUGGUUUGCAUUCGAACAUCUUUCUUUUCUGGAAGACAUAAGAAGUAAUCAACCAAAGGGAACCCAAAACGAACCUUUUUCGAUUGCCACUAUAAAUGUGGCAAAAACCGAACCUGAAACAGAAUCCAAUCCAGAAAACGAAAAAGAAGAAUCAGCUGCUCCCAACAGUGACAGUGAACGGCCUCUUGCAACAGCAACAGUAUGGAUGCAAGAUGAAGAUGAAACUCCAGCAGAAACCCAAACCAUCACAAGAAAACGUAAAACGAUAAAAAAAUUCAUUAAAAAAGCAAAGAGACUUAAAAGUGACGAGUAUUUUCAUAAAUCCGAUAAUAGUUAUGAUGCAUUUGGCAAAUUAGUAGCAAGUGAAUUGAGGAAAUAUGAUAAUCAUACUCUCGCACAUGUUAAGAAAGCCAUCAUGGAUAUUAUUUUUCAAGCUGAUACUGGUAAUCUUCCUGUGGUUGAAAUAAAAUUUAACAGUAAUAAUUAGGAUAAUACUAAAGAUUUGUCAACACAGCUGUUGCAUUACAGUAUUGUAUAUAUUUUGGAUAAUAAACUUAUUAUGAGCUGAGAGGAUUAUUAUAAAUACUGACGUAUUAUUUAAUU